ACCCUCAUUGAAAGAGUGCUGCCUGCGUUCUCACAGACCCCCUGACUGCAACGAUCCAAGGACUCAGAGCUCUGUGUUCGAGCAGUGCCUGGAAACCUGAGGAGGAGGCUGCUGGCCAUGGGAGCCUUCACGGUGAAGGUAUGGGCUGUGUCACUCAGCUCUGUGUUCCUGCUGUGUGUCCUGCCCUCUCAGGCCCAGCAUGAUUAUUCUGGUUUACAAUCAGGAGAACACAUGUAUGAAGGCUCCUUAGUCGAUCGAUAUGAUGAACAAUCUGGAUACACUCACAGCGUUGAGUAUCCUGCAGAGUCCAAACGCGGCAGUGAAGAUGAACACUCAGCAUCUGGCUUUGACCCCUAUGCGCCUGCGGCCACAGUGGUCACCAUGAUCACUGAGGAAACUUACCCAUAUGCCACAGCCGUGGAGUCUUUUGAUUACGCCAAAGAGGAUAAAACCUUGAUAACGCAGGUCCCUUAUGGAGGGGGCGCUGAACUGGGAGUGGAGGGACCCACCGAAUGUGAUUGUGAAGCAGGAGAGCCCGGAUUUGGAGGCUUUGCUGGACCCAAGGGUUCUAAGGGUCUUCAAGGCAAACAGGGGUUUCCUGGGGUUCAAGGAAGGGAGGGUUACAAAGGAACCAAAGGAGUGAGAGGAAGAGGAGGAGACACUGGCCCUGAGGGUGACUCUGGGCUUGAUGGAGAAGAUGGUGCAUCUGGUUUCUCUGGUGCAAUUGGCCUUCCCGGGUUACCAGGGGAUCCUGGUGAAACUGGCCAACUUGGAUUAAAGGGUGACGUCGGAAUAGAAGGUCCGCGUGGAGGAAUGGGUCUCCCUGGAAAAACUGGUUCUAUUGGUCCAAAAGGUAAAUCUGGAAAAGCAGGCAGUAAAGGUAUUAAGGGUUCUGUUGGCAAAACAGGAAAACAAGGUCCUGAGGGACGACAGGGACAAAAGGGCCAGACAGGAGCACCUGGAUUCUCAGGGGACCAUGGAGAGCAGGGCAACUUGGGUUAUGCAGGAGUUCCAGGAGACCGUGGGGUGUCGGGACCAAAGGGUGCUAAAGGAACAGGUGGCUUGCCAGGAAGUGAUGGGGAGCCAGGGGAGGAUGGUCCUCUGGGUGUUCCAGGAGUUGAGGGGGUGCCUGGGCCCUUUGGACCUAAGGGUUUGAAAGGUGAUCGUGGUUUGAGGGGGCGACCUGGAAGAGUAGGAUCUGUGGGCCCACAAGGAGACAGUGGGGAUGCAGGAGUUCCAGGGAAACCUGGACCAAAAGGCUUGCCUGGGCCAACAGGUGCCAAAGGGGAAGCAGGACCAGAUGGUGAAAAGGGCACAGUAGGACGUAAAGGGGGGAAGGGUGCUAAAGGAGACAAGGGAGAUGCUGGAUCUCGUGGUGACAAAGGACAGCGUGGGGUGAAAGGUCGUUUCGGUCGUGAUGGUAUUCCUGGUCCAAUUGGACCUCCAGGUCUUCCAGGUCCCAGAGGUGACAUAGGCCCUAUAGGAGAUCAGGGUGUAAAAGGACAGAGUGGGCUGAAAGGAGAGCCAGGUGAAGCUGGUCCAGGACUGACGGAUGAGCAGAUAUUGCAGCUGUGUCAAAGUGUGGUCACUGCUCAGAUCUCUCAGUAUGCUGCAUCUAUACGUGCCAAAUGCGUACAGGGCUGUCCGAUCAACAAUCGUACCCUUAUCGGACCCCCAGGAGUCACAGGACCCCCUGGAGGUCCAGGAAAACCUGGUAAAGCAGGAAAGGCAGGUGCUAAAGGAGAAAGAGGCCCUCAAGGAAUGAAAGGACUAGAGGGCCAGAAAGGAGCUACUGGGGACAGAGGUGCUAAAGGUCAAAAGGGUCAGAGAGGUGAUCCUGGAAAAGGUCUUCCAGGACAUGAUGGUCACCAAGGCCUCAGAGGACUGGCAGGUCAUCCAGCAGAACCAAAAGAUGGAAUCGAUGGGCCGCGAGGACCCCGUGGGUUUCCGGGCCCCGUGGGUCAGCCUGGCAUUAUCGGCGAUGGAGGAAUACCUGGCGUGUGCGAGGCACGAGACUGCAGCAUUCAUGCGCCUGUAGUGCGCAAAGAGAUGGGAUUGGUUAAAGGCCCUCUCAGCCAGGCCUGACAACAGGGAUGAAUUGGAGUGACCCGGGACAGGAGAUAAUCUCCAGCAGUGACCUGUCGGAUGAAGGACAUCACAUACAGACAGACUGGAGCCCAGAAAUGUCCAAAGUGAAAUCCAAAAAUGAAACUAUACAAAUUGAAACUACCAGCACUUUCGGUUUCAUUCAUCAUCAGUGUUUUGGUUUCAUUAUGAAUAUAGUACAGACAUGUAAAUAAUUUUGUAAAGCAUCUUAAAUAUACAUCUACUGUGUCCUGAAAUAUCAUGCUUUAUUUUCUUGAUUCAUCAAGC